AUGGACUCGACUGAGGACUACAAGAAGAAGAUGCGCGAGUCGUUUGGCGUCUUUUCUUGGGUGACAAAAGCCGUUGUGGUUGUCCGUCCGUCAGUAGCAGUCUUGGGUGCCGUUUUGCUCAUUUGCUGUCAUAAAGUGUUCGUUCACAAGAAGGCGUUCGUUUCAGGUUCGCAAGAAGGCGUUCGUUUUUGUGUUGCAAGAAGUUGUUUUUUUUUCCCCGUUUUCUCACACAGCUGCUGCUGGGGUUUUUGUUGUUCUUGUUGCUUCUCCUGUCGCACUGGAGGAGAGGGUGGAGCUGCCACUUUUCCCCCUUUCCUCACCUCCAUCCAGGCUCCCAGGCCAGCUUUUUCCUUUGUUGGAGCCACCUCUGUCACUGCUGUUGCUGCUGCUGCUGCUGCUGCUGCUGCUGCUGGAGUCUCUUUUGUAGUUAAUAUUACCAUCUACCUGCAAUUCCAACCAUUUGCAACAGUUUCGAUUCGUUAUCCGCCGCCUCCGCCACCUCCUACACGCUACAGACCUUACCCGAGUGCCUACGAAAGACGGGCGCCUCUACCGCCACUGACAGGGACCUCCGAGUCCAUGAUACCUUCUCUGCUCUCAUCCCUAUCACCUUUGUCUCAAUAUAACCAUAACAACAACAGUCACAACAACAACAACAGCAGCAGCCAUCAUGACCUAGACCCUUACAUCCGACCUCCACCUGAAUAUUAUGAACGACGACGAGAGGUACUACUUCGCAUGCCCAAUCGACGAGGUGAUUGGGGAGAAUAA